GGGCCGCGGCUCCUCCCUGCACCGCCUUUGGCCGAGCCGCGGGCGGGGACGCGCACACGGCACAGCUCCCCGGCGGCAGCGGCUUCAUCCGCGUCGAGCAUCUGUGGGGAAGGCGCGUUCUCCUCCUCCUGCUCCUCCUCCUCCUCCUCCCUUCCUCCUCUCUUCCUUCUCUCGCUGCCUCCGCGGCCAUGGAGCUGCCCGAGAGCCAGUGCAAGAAAGUCAAGCUGAGCAACAGGGUGCCGAGCUGGGGAAUGCAGAGGGCAACCAAUGUUACUUACCAAGCUCAUCAUGUCAGCAGGAAUAAGAGAGGCCAAGUGGUAGGAACAAGAAGUGGUUUUCGUGGAUGCACAGUCUGGUUAACAGGUCUAUCUGGUGCUGGGAAGACUACAGUGAGCAUGGCACUGGAGGAGUAUUUAGUAUGCCAUGGCAUUCCAUGCUACACGUUGGAUGGUGACAAUAUUCGCCAAGGCCUUAAUAAGAAUUUGGGUUUCACGCCAGAAGAUAGAGAAGAAAAUGUCCGUCGUAUUGCUGAGGUUGCUAAAUUGUUUGCAGAUGCUGGUUUGGUGUGCAUUACUAGUUUCAUCUCUCCUUAUACUCAGGAUCGUAAUAAUGCCAGACGAAUUCAUGAAGGGGCAAGUUUGCCUUUUUUUGAAGUAUUUGUGGAUGCUCCAUUGCAUGUCUGUGAGCAGAGAGAUGUUAAAGGACUCUAUAAGAAAGCCAGGGCUGGAGAAAUUAAAGGUUUUACUGGGAUUGACUCCGAGUAUGAAAAACCGGAAGCCCCAGAGCUUGUGCUGAAAACUGAUUCCUGUGAUGUGAAUGAUUGUAUACAGCAAGUUGUGGAACUUCUUCAAGAAAGGGACAUUGUACCAGUGGAUGCCUCUUAUGAGGUGAAAGAGCUUUAUGUGCCAGAAAACAAGCUACAGUUGGCCAAAACUGAUGCUGAGUCUCUGUUAACCUUGGAAAUAAAUAAGGUGGAUAUGCAAUGGGUGCAAGUGCUAGCAGAAGGUUGGGCAACACCCCUGAAUGGCUUUAUGAGAGAGAGAGAAUACCUACAGUGUCUUCACUUUGACUGUCUCCUCGAUGGGGGAGUUAUUAAUCUGUCCGUGCCUAUAGUGCUAACGGCUACUCAAGAAGACAAAGAAAGACUGGAUGGGUGUACAGCAAUUGCACUGGUAUAUGAAGGUUGCCGUGUGGCCAUUCUCCGGAAUCCUGAAUUCUACGAGCAUAGGAAAGAGGAACGCUGUGCUAGGCAAUGGGGAACAACGUGCAAGGAACAUCCCUAUAUCAAGAUGGUUAUGGAGCAAGGGAACUGGCUUGUAGGUGGAGAUCUACAGGUCCUUGAUCGUAUUUAUUGGAAUGAUGGACUUGAUCAAUACCGUCUCACUCCAGCUGAACUAAGGCAGAAAUUCAAGGAAAUGAAUGCUGAUGCUGUCUUUGCAUUCCAGUUACGCAAUCCGGUGCACAAUGGGCAUGCUCUUUUAAUGCAGGAUACUCAUAAGCAGCUUUUGGAACGUGGCUACCGGCGGCCAGUUUUACUCUUGCAUCCACUUGGAGGCUGGACAAAGGAGGAUGAUGUUCCUCUCAUGUGGCGCAUGAAGCAACAUGCUGCAGUACUGGAGGAGGGAAUCCUGAAUCCAGAAACAACAGUGGUGGCUAUAUUUCCUUCCCCCAUGAUGUAUGCUGGACCAACUGAGGUUCAGUGGCACUGCAGAUCACGGAUGGUUGCAGGAGCUAACUUCUACAUUGUAGGGCGAGAUCCAGCAGGGAUGCCACACCCUGACACUGGGAAAGAUCUGUAUGAACCAACCCAUGGUGCCAAAGUGUUGACAAUGGCUCCAGGUCUCCGAGCACUGGAAAUUGUACCCUUUAGAGUUGCAGCUUAUAAUAAUAAGAAGAAGUGCAUGGAUUAUUACGACUCUGAUCACCAUGAAGACUUUGAAUUUAUAUCGGGGACCCGCAUGCGCAAGCUGGCUCGAGAAGGACAAAACCCGCCGGAAGGCUUCAUGGCUCCUAAGGCUUGGACUGUGCUGACAGAAUACUACAAAUCCUUGGAGAAGGCUUAGGCCUCUUAUUAACUGCAGAUCAACCUUUGACGCCUGAUUUAUUUACGAGAAGGGGACCACACAGUCACCGUUCAUGUUGCUUUGUUGUGGUGUCUGUCAGGAAGUUCUUCUCUGAAAACAGACUCUUUCUCCCUAACUUAGCAUCAUUCUUUGCCUAUCCUUAUGGGUUCUAUUAUGUCCUGGCACCUAACUAGCUGCUGGUUUUAAUGUCUUCUCUUUUAUUACAGUUAAUAUUCUUGCAGUAGGAUUUUUAAUUCUUGUCUUUUUUUAUAUUUUACUGCCUCUGUCCUAUGAGUUCUGCAGCUGUUAAAUAGAUGCAGCUUUUUUCAUAUGUUAUUUAAACUGCUGGGUAGUGUCUGGUUUUAGUAGUUUGUAGGAUAAAACGUAAUGGUUAAACCCUUAACAAUGGAUAGAUUAUCUAUAAAAAGAAAAAGUAAAUAAGUUUUAAAAUAUCCAUAAAAGUGUCCUCAUGUUUAUCUCAUCAUCAUCUCCAGAAGCACUUAAUAUUAAUUUCUCCUUAUAUGUAAUCAAAAAGCAGAGAUUUUUAUGUAGCAUAAUUAAACUUUUUUGCUUUCUUUGUUUAGUUUCGGACUUCAUUGCAUUGUCCGGUGAUUCUCUUCUGCUGUGGACCUGUAAAGAUGGCCAAGUAAUGAAUAAAAGAAAAUAUCUAGUUUUCGCUUUGAAUUGAUAA